AUUCACAAUAUUUAAAUCAAGCUUCUUGAUUUGCUCUAAUUCACAUAGACCAUGCAUUCGACAACAAACCUGUAUUUCCAUAUCUAAUUAUAAGAUUCUGAUUCUCCUCAUAUGCAAAAUUGUUUUAAAGUACUGUGCAGUCCAGGGUGCAAAAAAGGCCAUGGAUUAUAUCCAUCAAUCUGCCACGAGCCGGAGUGUGACAAUAGUAGCGUAUUAGCAUACCAAUGCAGCACUGUCCAAUCAGGACAAGUGCCUUUCAGGCGCACCACGAGCCCAAGAAUAUAAAAGCCAACGCCUGGCUCUGAUUCAGCACCAGUCUUUCUCGGACUAUACUAAUCUCUACGUGUCUACCGUGCUCGUCUCGGAACGACUCUUAACCCCAGCAUCAUGACUUUUGAGGAAAUUGCCAUGAAGAAGCCUAGUGAGAGAGCUCAGUACACCGGAAAAGCACUGGAGAAGCUUUUGGUUUCUGCCAAAACGAACGACUGCCUCACCAUUGGCGUGUAUGAAUCUGCUAAAGUGAUGAAUGUUGAUCCGGACAGCGUGUCCUUCUGCGUCCUGGCCAUGGAUGAAGAGUUCGAGUGCGACAUCGCGCUCCAAAUCCACUUCACUCUCAUCCAGGCUUUCUGCUUCGAUAACGACAUCAGCAUCGUGAGAGUGAACGACGUGCAACGUCUGGGUGAAAUUGUCGGCGCUAAAGAUCAAACUGAGGACUGUCACUGCCUUCUUAUCACGAGUCCAGCUGAUGGUUCGUGGGAAGACCCAGCUCUGGAGAAGCUGCACAUGUUCUGCGAAGAAAGCCGCCGCUCCAACGACUGGCUUCCGGAGAUCACUCUGCCAGCUCGCUGAUCUGCUGAUGGGACUCUUCUCACACGAGAUGCUGUUAACCCUUCAUGGAAAUACAUGCAUCCUUUGAAUAAAGGAUGAUGAUGAUGAUGUAUCUUCACAUCCCUGGAUGCUUCUGAGGAGGCUCUAAUGCAGUCCAGGCAGCGCGGGGCAUGCAGGCCCGAAGUGGGCUUUCGCCUCACGGUUCUGUCGCUUCUCGUCCCGUCCAUGCCAAGAUGGUCCUCCUUCUUUAUGUGAACGAGGCCGGGCAUGCCACGAGAGCGACGCAGCGGCCCUCAUUCUUUGUGCGGAUGAGGUUUGGAGAGGAAGGAGAAAGCGAGUUUGUGUUCCACAGCGCAAAUUUCGCAUCAUGCGUUAGACACGCAGAGGACGCGGUGGUGCGUCGUAGCGACGUUUUUGAGAAGAAAUGGACUUAACAUCUGACAUGUUCUUUUUUUAAAAAAAAAAAAAACGUAAUUGCCGCACAGUAUGACGUACCUUAUUGUCGGCAAUAUGCUUCUUUCCACUUUCCAGAAUUGUCUUAUUCUCUAAAGGUUUAACUUUAGAAAUAUUUAUGACAAGAAAUUAAGUCUAAAGGUUUCACUUUAGACAUAUGUCAUCAUAAAAAUAAAAAAAUAAAAACUUAAAAAAAUAAUAAUAAUAAUAAUUCGUUUUAAUUCUAAUACUGUAAUUGUAAUUUUAAAGAAUGGAACAAAAAUGAAUAAACUGGUGAAAUAAAUACUGCCUGUGUGUUUAUUUGUGCACUCUAGUCAUCCACUGAACCCAAACCUAAGUACCGUCAUAAGUGUUGUUACUUGCACAUGCUUGCAUUUUGGGGAGGUGUGUAUACUGUCAGCUGCCUG